AUGACCGGCCCGUCAAUCCAAGACCGCACCAGCGAGUUUAGCUCUAUCCUGGGUCUAGCCCAGAAACGACAUGGAGCCUCGAAAGUUGGAACUCAGCGUCAAGCGCUGUUGACAGAUACCCAGCGACGACAGGCCAAUGGAUCCCCAUCGGGCGCGCAAGAGGUGAAAGCGGGGCGCUCGGAGUUUGCGCGAAGGGCGAGGGAUAUUGGAAAGGGGAUUACUGGAACAACAGCGAAAUUGCAGCGGCUUGCAGAGUUGGCGAAGCGCAAAACGCUCUUCGACGAUCGGCCUGUCGAGAUUUCCGAAUUGACAUAUGUGAUCAAGCAAGACCUGGCGUCCCUGAACCAACAAAUCGCGUCCCUAUCCGCCUUGACCCAGGCACAACACCCGAAAAUGAAUCGCUCAAAGACGGAUCAGGAAGGCGAACACAAUGAUAACGUUGUUGUUAUGCUACAAGGUAAACUCGCCGAUGUGGGUGCGAGCUUCAAAGACGUUCUGGAGGUUCGGACGAAGAAUAUCCAAGCAUCCCGCUCAAGGACCGAGAACUUUGUCUCUUCCGUGUCAUCCAAGUCGCAAGGUGCCCUCGAUUCUCAACGCUCCGAUUCACCUCUAUACAAUCCUUCGGGGAGACGAACCCCUCAGCCUGGAUACCAAGGCAACUCCUCAGACUUAUUGACCCUCGACCCCUCAAAUCCUUCUCCUCUGGGACGUCCAUCUAUGCAAUCAGACCAACAACUCAUGGUUAUGGAGGAAGCACAGUCGAGCAACAGCUAUACCCAGGCCCGCGGAGAAGCUAUUGAGGCCAUUGAACGCACCAUCAGUGAACUGGGUGGUAUUUUCGGACAACUAGCCCAGAUGGUCAGCGAGCAAUCUGAAAUGAUUCAACGCAUCGAUGCCAACACAGAAGAUGUCGUGGACAAUGUCGAGGGUGCACAGCGAGAACUGAUGAAAUACUGGGGCCGUGUUUCUGGCAACAGAUGGCUGGUCGCUAAAAUGUUCGGCGUUCUGAUGAUUUUCUUCCUUCUCUGGGUCCUGAUCUCAGGAUAG